AUGGCCUACCUUCUUUCUCUCUCCUUCUUCCUCCUCUUCCUAGGACUCACACAGGCCCACCCUCUCCAGCUGGAUGAGAAGGAUGAGAUGGUCUUCACAGAAGACCUAGAUGAUCUGGUGGACAUCACCACCAGGAUCCUGGAGACCAACAAUGGCACCACAGAGAUGCUGAUGGAAGGAGACGUCAUGGUCCCCAGAACCAGGACUGCCAUCAGGUGCUUGUGGUCCAACAAAUGUCUCUGGGAGAGGAAGAAGUCAGAGAACCUCGUCAAGGUUCCUUACACGCUCAGCUCAGAUUUUGACUCUUACUCCCAGGGGAAGAUCAAGUACGCCAUGAACACCUUCCACGCCAAGACCUGCGUGCGCUUCGUCCAACGUAGCAACCAGAGGGACUACCUUAGCAUCGAAAGCAGAUCCGGCUGUUCUUCAUGGGUUGGAAAAACCGGAGGUAAGCAGCUCAUAUCCCUCGAAAAAGGAGGGUGUGUUUACCACGGUACCAUCCAGCACGAGCUGCUCCACGCUCUGGGUUUCUACCACGAACAGAACAGGAGUGACCGCGACAAGUACAUCAGGAUCAACUGGGAGUAUGUUGAACGCGGGGAGGAGCCCAACUUCGACAAAGAGGACACCAACAACCUGGACAUUCCCUAUGACUACUCCUCCGUCAUGCAUUAUAAUAGAUGGUCGUUCAGCACUGUGUAUAGGAAGGAGACGAUCACUCCUAUUCCUGACGCCACUGUGCCCAUCGGACAGAGCUUGGAGAUGUCUGCGAUCGACGUUCAGAGGGUUAACAAGCUCUACAGGUGUUAA